AUGGCGGAACCAACAACAAAUGAUUGGCUGGAUAUAUCGAAAGGCUUUUACGAAAAAACGAACUUUCCAAAUACUGUUGGAGUGGUGGAUGGAAAACACAUAAGGCUCGAGUGUCCCAACAACAGUGGCUCAUUGUAUUAUAACUACAAAAACUUUUUUUCCCUAAUUCUUAUGGCCAUUUGUGAUUCAAAUUAUUGUUUUCGAAUCAUCGAUGUUGGGUCCUAUGGGAAAGAAAGCGACUGUAACGUAUUCAAAACUUCAACAUUCGGUAAAAAGUUGUACUCGGGUAGUGUAAAUUUUCCACCAGAUCAAUGCUUACCAGAUGAUGAUAAUGGUGUGCCACAGCCGUUUAUUUUAGUUGCCGAUGAAGCUUUUGCUCUUCACAAACAUUUGUUACGACCGUUUCCAGACAGAACAUUGAACAACAACAAGAGGAUUUUCAACUAUCGUCUAUCGAGAGCCCGUCAAUACAUAAAAUGUUCGUUUGGGAUUUUGUCUAAAAAAUGGCGAGUGUUUCAAACGAGCAUGUUAGUUGACCCAAAUGUUGCAGUAAAAAUAACAAAAGCCUGCUGCGUCUUACAUAAUUUUGUACGACGCCGAGACGGAAGAGACGGUGAAGGUAUUUUUGAAGACACUCAAAGCAAUCUUAUGGAAAGUAUAACGGAGAGAAGAGGUGUUGGAAAUUCACAGACCAACGCAAAAUAUAUUAGGGAAUACUUCGCGACAUAUGUGAAUGAUCCAAAACAUGCACUUAACUGGCAGAACAAAAUUAUUGGUGAAUAA